AAUUCAUUAGAAGACGUCGUAAGGAGGUUGUAAUGAAAAAACAAUCAUUAGCCAUCUAGUCGCCUUUCCAACCUAUGAAGGAUGUCAAGUACUUCUCCUCAGAAUCUAGUGAAGGUGAAGAAAUUAGUCUCAACCCCAAUCAUGUGCCUGCUUCAAAGUUAAGGUGGGCUAAUUAUCCCUUUUCAUCAUCUGAGUCCUUCCUACCUGCCUUGGUUACUGAAGCGACAUCUGGUGACCCGGAUGCUCUCCUCAAGGCUAUGGAAGGCUUAAGGAAAGCCAAUAACCAAGCAGCAUCAAGCUUAGUCGCUGAAAAAACCCUCGAAAACAAGGAAGACUCGUUGAGGACUUCAGAUCGAGGUAAGCAAGUUGCCAUGGAGGAAAGCUUGGAGCAAGAAAAGCAAGAACAACUAGAUCGAACAACUCUUCAAGAUGCUUUUCGUGACACUACUCAUGCUAUUGUGACAUCUCUUACAUUUUCACAACUUAAACUUUCAGUAGAUGAUGUGAUUCGAGCUCGGCAAAGUGGGACCUCACAAUCCUCACUUGAUAUGCAUUGGGGACUAUUAUAUAACCUUCAAGCUAACAUGCCACAUACCUUUGAAGAGUUGGCCACCCAUGCCCAUGACUUGGAAAUUCAAAUUUCUAGGCAUGGUAACUUUCUUCCAACAGACGCUCAUGAUAAAAAAAAGUCUCAAAAGGAUGUGAAAAGGGAGGUGAAGCCUUCAAAAGCAAAAGAAACUAUGGCAGUCACAACAGCACCUAUGAAGAUCUCACAACAAAAGCCAAAGCCAAAUCCUAAACAAGGCAUCAAGAUUGUUAAGGAUCAAGGCCAAAAUAAAAAGUCUACAUUGAAGGAGUUGCAGCAAAAGAAGUAUCCAUUUGCAGACUCUAAAGUGCCGGCUAUCUUUGAGCAAUUGUUGGCACUUAACCUAAUUGAACUUCCAGCUCCUAAGCAUCCAGAGGAAGUCGGGAGAGUGAAUGAUCCGAAAUAUUGUAAGUAUCACCGAAUUGUGAGUCAUCUAAUCGAUAAGUGUUUUUUGUUGAUAGAUAUGAUAGUUCGUCUUGAGAAAGAAGGCAAAAUACAACUAGAAAGUGAAGAAGGUUCCGCUGCCACCAAUGUUGCCAUGGUUUCCUUUGGAUCCUUUAGUCCAGUUCCAUUCCUGCCUGUGCAACCAACCCUACUAAUGGUUCAACCUAAGGAGUUUGGUCCCCACUUACCUAAAGGGGCAAUUCAAGUUAAAUUUCAAACAAAUGAUGAAGAGAAGAUAGCCUAUGCUUAUCUUGGCAUGCCUACUUUUAGAGGUCCAAGCUCUCUUUCUUUAUAUGACCUUAUGACGGUGAAUCUUGAAGAUUGGGAAUCAUCAUCUGAGUCUGAAGAUAAGGUUAGUGAUGGUUGGUCAACCUUUGUUAGUAAGAGCAAAAAACACCGUAAUCUAGUAUCUAGUGGAAUGCCACUCCCAAAUCCUCAUAAAGUCAUGUAUGGUAUCUAUCCAGAGAUAAUGCCAACUGGAUGGUGUUCAAACUUUGAGUUUCCUGCCUUUUACAAUGAUGAUGAUGGGUGGAUUCCAGUUCAAUCACGAAGGAGGAGACGUCAUUCAAGACCCACACUGCCAACCAUCCAACAAAAUCACUCAUUGCUUCCAGCUUUGCCAACUGCACCAAAAAAUCAAGAACAACGUCAGCUUCCAUGGGAUACAUGCCUUGCUCUUGUACAAGCUAUGUUAGACCCAGAAAGUUUCCAAGGCGAGCUUGCUAAGCCAGAAACUAAGGCUGAGUAUUUAGGAACAAUAACCUUCACAGAUGAAGACCUAUAGCUUAAAGCCCAAAAACAUAACAAGCCUCUUUAUGUGAGUGGCAUUGUUCGAGAUCAUAAAGUGAAUCGAAUUGUGAUUAAUGAUGGAUCUGUUAUAAACAUAAUGCCAAUUU